AGCAGAAAACUUUCUACCUCAAUUGGCAAAGUAAAGUGAAAAUGGAUGAAAACGAGUGGAAAAUGUUGGUUGGAACUUUCUGUAACAACGUACAAAAUCCUGAAAGGAUGGUCCGCCAGCGGUCGUUGAAGGAGUUGCUUGAGCAGAUCCAUCGGGAGCUGUUGCCUUCACAGGCUCCGCUAGUGUUCGAAGGCAUUUACCUCCACGUUCUACGUUGUUACGCAGAUCGUUUCGAGAUGGUUCGAACCCUCGCGAUAACACUUAUCGGAGAAAUACUGGAUAAGCUUCCAGCUAAUGACUUUUAUCUGAGUUAUAUUGUUCCUGCAAUUAACCAUCGUCUGGGUCAGUCGGAAAUUAUCGAAGAGAGUGAGGAAGUUCGACUGAUUCUGCUGGAACAGUUGCAUGCAAUCAUCAAGAAAUAUGCAGAUCCAGAUGGCAAUCGUGGCGAUCCAUUGUUGAAAUCGUACGACAACAUCAUUGACAUUCUUGUUAAAACUCUGAGGGAUCCUUAUCCCGCUGCACAGAAGCAGAGCUGUGAAGUAGUCAAGCUGUUAGCAGAAUCGACUCCAAGCAUGCAUUACCGGGCGGAAGCCUUAGUGAGUCCGGCCACUACGAUUCUCAGGCAUCGACAUUUCGCAAACCGUGUUGCUUCUAUCGAAGCCCUAGGCAUACUGGCAUUGCACGUUCAUUCCAGUUCGGAUUGCGUGACGAAAGUAAUAGUGGAUAUUUCACCGCUGCUAAUGGACAGCGUUCCGAUGGUAAGGAUGGCAUGCGGUCGAGUCGGAUGUAUGAUGCUGGUGAAGUUAAGGGACCGAUACUCGUUAUUUCAUCGGAUUUUGCCAUUGGUUUUAAAUUGUUUAACGGACGACACAUCGGAAGUUCGCGAUGAUAUCUUACCUCGGUGGAUUGAAGCAGGAGAGUUGUAUUAUAAAGAAAACGAAAGCGAGCUUGCUAAAAUUAGACUAAUCGACAAGUUGCCUGCCAAUUAUCCUCUUGAGAGGUAUGAAAGGCCUUCUCUUCCCUGCAGAGCAAUUGUGCAACGCAGCCUUAGAAUAGUCAAUCUUGUACUUUAUGAAAUGGAAGAAUGGAAGGAAGAUAUAAGGCUGCACGCUACCAAACUGCUGAAGUUAAUAAUUUUGCACGCUGAAAAGACAUUUUCAACUCUGUUCAUGGAGGUUAAUCCAGUGCUUUGUAAAGCUUGUAUGGAUAUGGAUAAACAGGUGGCAGAAGAAGCACUAGAAGUUGCUAGGUUGUGUGGUAUUCUUCUGGAUUACGACACAUGGAGCAGGCAUGCAUUAGCUGAAUUUAAAAAAUUUCCUACGCUAGGUCAUCUAAGAUGCUUAAACGCUAUGUAUCAGUCUUCUGGUUUGGACAGAUUCAAAGAUCUCCUUAAGAUUGCGAUUAUUCUAACCGACACAGAAAUCUGUCAUCAGUUGAAACCUUCGUAUCAAUUAGAAUUAAUUAACUUUAGCGAUAUACUAUCAAUCGACUAUCAUCGUGUACACAUUUCGAACGAAAUAGAAGGGUUGGCAAACCAGUCCGACCAAAAACAGGUGGAAAAACUACUCUAUACUGUUGUGAUAAAAGUGGCUGCUUUUUCUCACGAAGAUGCAGAGUCGGUUCGAGAACGUGCCUUAGAAAUCCUGUCGAAAUUACAUUCCGGUGAAGUCGAGCAGCUUCACGAUCGGCAUUUGGCGGAUGUUUGCGGCUCGUUGGAGAAUUUGGAAUCAUCAAAUUCGGAUACAGCCGAAAGCAUCAUGCUCCUGGCGGGACUGCUGUCGGUUUGCGGUUUUCGGCUGGCAUAUCAUGACGCUCUCAAGACAGCACUCGGAACUGCACUCAAGCACGCGAUUCCGCAAGGGAAAAUCAAACUCUUCAGUUCGAUAUCUAUCGCGAUGCUUCGAUGGAAUAGAACAAUGUCGACUUCCGCGGACGAGCAGAGACUGCUGUUGCUAAGUUUUAUUGAAGAUAUUAUUGCACCCUAUUUGGUGUGGGCUGCCGGAAGAAGUGCAGAGUCUAUCCGCUCGAUGGCAACAGCUUGCCUUUGUUCCAUAUCGCAGGGUACCGAUAAUUCGAUUUUUGUAACCAUACUGCCGAAUCACCUGCAAAUCCUAGCCGGUCUAGUCGAGGAUAACAGCAUCGCAACACGUGCCUAUUCGUUGAGAACUUUGCUAGCGAUGGGACCGUUGGAGGCGGAUAGUUUCAAACUAAUCGCAUUUGCCAUUGUCGCCCGGUUGGACGAUCCAAGCGGAGAGGUGCGUGAACUGGCAGCCAAAUGCUUAGGCUGUUUACAACUGACUGCGGGGAUCGCGGGCGAAGACAACGGGUCGGAACGAGCGCACUGCGAGGAAACCGUCCUGAGGCCAAUCCUAUCGACUAUGUUUUUGCAUUUGGAAAAUCCGGAACUGAAGUUGAGAAAAGCAAUUCUAGAUUCGCUAGCACGCCUGCUCAUUCAUCAUCGCGAACUAAUCAAAGGCCUAGCUAAUGAAGUUGCUCCCGGAUGCCCAUACAAGAAGGAUCUGGAUAAUAUCCUCGUUCAUCAAUAAACGCCUCGGCUGGUCGACGGCAGUCGGCACUGUGUCUAUUGCUUUCGUCGAAACGAGAGCAGCAACAUCAUCAACAUCACCGGCAAUCGCUUUCGCUAGUGUAUAGCGUCGAGAAUCGUGUGCUGGUCGAAUACAAAGUGGCAACCGACAGCCAUCAGGAUAAUUGAUUCAAAUCGUAUUUGAGUUGAGUGAAUACGUAGCAUCGCGCCGGUUUUUUGGCGGAUGAUCGCUGUAAAGGGAUUCCUGUUUUUUGCGAGUGUGUGUUUGAUUUCAGGCAGUAGGUAGUAUUUUUUGCAACUUUUAUUUCUGUUGAUCAUAGUCAAAGACGGAGACCGAUGAAGCGGUCGGGACGAUAUCAAAGAUUUGGAUUGCAAGAGCAUUGGCUGGAAAAUUGGUCUGCGAUUGGUUGAGAUUUCCGUUUUUUUUCCUGCUGCAUUUUCCAUGCACUCAUCAGAAACGAACCGAUUUGAUGCCUCGACGAUUCCUUUCGCUCGUAAUUGCAAUUAUGAAUUUUCUUUCUUUUAUUCACAUCGUUCGCUGGCAGCUUGGUCGGAAUCGCAAAUACGGCAGCUAUCCAUUUGAUGCACUCCCGGCUGCUGCUGGCUUCCUAUCCUAUCCAUUUUCGCCUCCGGGUGGCUUCGAAUCGUACUUUGUUCCUGUGUUCAUUCCGGCUAUGUAAUGCAUCAAUAAAUAUAAUUUAUUAUUGGUUCAUCUUCAAUUUAUCCAUCUGGGUGAGCUUUCCGCGAUUUUCCCGCUAUCGAACUUGCUUUCCCUUGAUCAAUCAAAUUUUUUUUCGAUAGAUUGUGGAAGUCCGAUUCGAUAGAUUUUUUCCCAUUUUCAGUGAUGUCGCAUAAUUUCAUACUCUUUGUGUGUGCUUUUUUAUUAUCUCUGCACACAAUGUACCACUCGUUGGGAAACCGAGAGGAGAAAAAAAGCCAAAAAGCUUUUAGCGAUUUUUUAUGCGCCGUUCAAUUCUGCCUUUGUGAUGUGAUGGAAUUGUGUUUUGUGCGUGCAGGCGGAUGUGAUUUUUGCAUUGCUGGUAUUGCUGCCGUUUUGCAACAUAUUGUCCAUCCGCCGAGAGU